GCUACUGCUACUGUUACUGCUCCUACUACUCGUCAGCCAAUCGUGUCUUCACCAGCUAUGGGAGCAGCGAACAGUGCACCACCAAAGCCAGCAGGCAUGGUCGGCACUCCUGGCACAAACUCUCCGGCCUCGAACGGAGCCAGGCCGACCUCGGCUACACCUGGUCCUUCUGCCACACCAGAAGGCUCCAGAGAGGUUGAGCUGUUAGAUCCAAAGCUGGUUAACGUCAUUCUCAGCUUCAAGAAGUCGAUCCUGCCGACACUUGCGGAAAAGCUUGACCCGCUGCUGGGCGAGUCCUUGAUCAUGAGCGCGGUGGAUCGGCUUCUCGGGUUCACUGACGAUACGUUCGUACAGUCCAAGUCGGAACAGCAGAAACAACACUUUGCGGAAGCCGAAAAGGCUCUCAUGAAGCACCUUGAGACUCGCUUCGGCGAGUAUGUCCGAAAUCGAUCUGCGCAGCGGUGAGGGCUGGAGGAGUAGCGCGAUGGGGUUCUCAUUCAAUAAUGUAGCGGGCUGAGAUUAAUAUGGGUUGCGUAAUGUAUUCUGAGUGAGCAUCAAUCAUUCAUCGUUUUGGCACUCAGUCGAACACAGAAGACAGGAGACUUAUGAACAACCAGCGACGGGAUCAUAUCUAACGUUUCUGGAGUAUUGCAUGAACCAGUCAGAUAUAAUUACAUCCGGGUUAUGUUCUCUCC